AUGAGUAUUCCUAAACAUGUUAUUGCCUUUUAUAAGCUCGAUCAAAAUGUUAAACCUCCUAGACGAGCAACAUCUCUUUCAGCUGGAUGGGAUUUAUAUGCUUCUGAAAGUAAAACAUUCAAGGCUUGGUCUCGUGGAAUAGUUGGUACAGGAAUAAGUUUGGGAAUGCCAGCAGGAAUAUAUGGACGACUUGCUGCGAGAAGCUCUUUUGCUUUAGCUGGUUUGGACGUUGGAGCUGGAGUUAUUGACCCAGAUUAUAAUGGUGAAGUUAAAGUGCUAAUAAUAAAUAACUCGGAUGAUAUAAAACAGAUUUCUAAAGGUGAAAGAUUCGCUCAAAUUGUAUUUGAACACUACCAUGAACCUAAAGAUAUACUUGUUUUCAACCAAGUGAAAAAACCAUUGGAAGAUGAUUUAAAGUCUGUAAAAAAUGAAGAGUCAAAUUGUUCUAGUAGUUCACAGCAGGUGAUAACUAACUCAGAUGAAAAACCUCUUGAAGUUGUUCAUAAUGUUACUCAUGAAAUGGUCAAAUCAGUUGAUGGUUUGUCAAAGUUUCAUUUGUACGCAGAGAAUGAUAUUAUUAUUCCCGCAAAGGAAAGAUAUGUCUAUCCAACAGGUGUCAGUUUGUGUAUCCCUGGUGAUGUUUAUGGUCAUUUAGUUGGUACUGCUAUUUUAGCUGAUUUUGGUUUAGAUGUCACUGAAGCUGUCAUCCAAAACGACUCACCCAAGUCAAUCGAGGUGGUGAUCAAUAACAAGAAUUCGUUUGAUUAUAAAGUGAGACAAGGAAUUCCUAUUGCUGUCAUUCACUUCAAAUCGUUUGCGAUAAACUUAACUGAAGCCUACACAAAAGCUGAAUCUGAAACACGAAGUGACGAGGGAUUUGGUUCAACUGGAAAACAAUGA